AUGGUCGCCCACACUGCUCCAUUGGUACAGACAUCCGCAACCUAUCUCACAUCAUCUAGCCGUUCUAACAAACCCAUGCCUAAAUCUACUCGCAGGCGCAGAUCCCGUCCGUCUCGGCACGGGUCUGCACCAAGCAAGCCGAAGAACAACCAUAGUUCCUCCCAGGGUCAUAACCGGACUAAGAAACUCGCGAUCAUCAAGAGCAGGCAUCGCCAGCAUAUCAUGGCCAAUCUAGCUGCCAGCAAGGCUCGUCGUGCCCGAUGGGCAGAGAUCGCUCUCGGAACGCAGAGGAUCGUAAUGGGUGACGGCAAGUACGUUGAAGAACGGACAUGCGUCCCGUCUUCCUUGCCGUCUCCGUUAUUGACAGAGCCUUUCUCCGAAGGUUCGGUUGCACUGCCUGUGGUCCAUGAUAUCGGCCUACAGAUCCAGUUUAGCCGACAAGGCACCCAGUUUUACCCCCAUUAUUCCGAGCACCUGGCCAAGUGGUACAUUGCGCCGCAGGUGAAGGACUCACAGACCAGUCCCACGACUACCAUCGAGUUCACUUCGAUGUCUCCCCUUUCCACCGCAAGGUCGAUCACGCGGACAUCCGCGGUCGGCGUACUGUCGUUCGCCUCUGCCAAGCGCCCUGGCGGCGGCUACCUCAAUGGCGGCGACGAGCAGGAAGAACGCCUCGCACGCUCGACUGCUCUCGUGGCCAGCCUCACCGCCCCUGCCGGAUUGAACUUCUACGAAGAGCUCAGACGAUUCGCGUCUGAAGAUGGAUCCGGGUUACAGGCACACUCCGUUUUAUACAGUCCUGGCGUCUCAGUAAUACGAAGUGACGACGAAAGAGAUGAUGGCAAAUUCAUCGAGCCUUACGCUGUCGACAUCGUAUCUGCCGUGCCCGUCAAUGCGGCUGCAGUUCGACGCCGGUAUCACGUCACCGAGUCAGACUCUCAAAUGUUUGAGGACGGCAUACGUACUGCCACUAAGGAACGGCUCGCGCGAGUCCUGCGGGUGUUCGAAGAUCACGGCGAUCGCCAGUUGGUGUUAGGCGCCUUUGGCUGCGGCUCGAACGAGAACAACGUCGAGAUGAUCGCGGAGAUCUGGGCCGAGUUGCUUGUCACUGGCCCGUCCUCCCCAGAAGAAGGCAAAGCCCGAUUCGCCAACGUGUUCGAGUCAAUCGUGUUUGCAAUCCCCCCGCGAUUGAUCGAGAGGUUCAAGACCGCGUUUGACAUGCGGGUGUUUGAGGCGGAGGUGGAGAAGGCGGCGUCCGAUGAAGACGAUUAG